AAGCAGCAUGGAAAUUGGUGAGUCUUGUGCUGAGGGUUAGAAUUGCAUCCCUUAGUGCUUAGCUCCUCAUUUCCCACUGGUCCUUUUAGAUUUAUUUUCAUUUUAACUUUCAGGAUGGUUUCGUAAGGCAAAAGAAAGACUGCAGUGCUUGCUCCUUUGGCAAGGAUGCUGGCUGUGAAUUCAUCUGCUCUGUUGGAUUGCAGCAGAACCUAUUUGCAAAAGCUUUGCUGUACUAGUCUGAAAGGGGUUUUAUGGACUGGCAGAUCUUGGGCCCUAUGAAAGGCCAAUUGGAUCAUUUGGUAAAGCCUUCAAAGAAAACCAGGAGAAAAAAUGGUUUGCACAAAUAAGCUUAUGCAGCCAGAAUAAAAUUAGAAGAGCUUUCUGAUGAAAAACAAAAAUGACCACAUGGUUAUGAUACUUAAAAUCUAUAAUGCCUCCUGCCAUGGCAGAUGCCCUGGACAUCUGGGCAGUAGAUUCACAGAUAGCAGCGGAUGGCUCAAUCUCUGUGGACUGCCUGCUUCCCACUGGAAUUUACAUCAGUCUAGAUGUCCCUCGUGAUGCCACUAUCAGUUAUAUCAAACAGCUAUUAUGGAAGCAAGCACACAGCUACCCCCUCUUCCAUCUUCUUAUGGAGAUCGACUCCUAUAUGUUCUCCUGUGUGAACCAAACAGCUGUACGUGAAGAACUGGAGGAUGAGACACGAAGGCUCUGUGAUGUUAGACCAUUUCUUCCUGUCCUUCAACUAAUUACAAGAAGCUGUGAUCCAGGGGAAAAAUUUGACUCUAAAAUAGGCGUCCUCAUAGGAAAAGGCCUCCCUGAGUUUGAUGCCCUACAAGACCCAGAAGUCAAAGAAUUCCGGAUUAAGAUGCGGCGAAUCAGUGAAGAGAAGUUGCAGUCACUUGUGGGGCUAUCUUGGAUGGACUGGUUAAAAUACACUUAUCCACCAGAAUUAGAACCAGCAAUUCAGGACAACCUCCAAGAUAAACUUUAUGGCGGCAAUUUAGUUGUGGCUGUUCAUUUUGAUAACUGUCAGGACGUAUUUAGUUUUCAGGUGUCUCCUAAUAUUAAUCCUAUCAAAUUAAAUGAACUGGCAAUUCGGAAACGUUUGACUAUCCAUGGAAGAGAAGAUGAAGAAUUUGAUCCCUAUGACUAUGUAUUGCAAGUUAGUGGAAGACUGGAAUAUGUCUUUGGGGACCAUCCAUUAAUUCAGUUCCAGUAUAUUCAUCGUUGUGUGAUGAGCAGAACUCUUCCUCAGCUGACACUUGUUGAAUGCAACACCAUAAAAAAAAUGUGUGACCAGGAAAUGGUCGCUAUAGAAGCUGCCAUAAAUCGAAAAUCAUACAACCUUCCUCUUCCUCUACCCCCCAAAAAAUCACGUGUGACUCAAAGUGUAUGGGACAUAAGCCUUCCUUUUAAAGUUGUGCUGGUAAAUGGCAAUAAGAUGAACACAGAUGAAACUGCGAAAGUUCAUGUCAGGGCUGGUCUCUUCCAUGGAACUGAGCUCCUUUGUAAGCCUAUCGUAAGCUCAGAAAUAUCUGGGAGAAAUGACCAUGUUUGGAAUGAAACCUUGGAAUUUGAUAUCAACGCCUGUGAUUUGCCAAGAAUGGCCAGGCUGUGCUUUGUGGUUUAUGCUGUGAUGGAUAAAAUGAAAACUAAAAAGUCAGCCAAGACACUUAAUCCAUCCAAAUACCAGACUAUUAGGAAAGCUGGGAAAGUGCACUAUCCUGUAGCAUGGGUCAAUACUAUGGUGUUUGAUUUUAAAGGACAGUUGAAAACUGGAGACCUCGUGCUGCACAGCUGGUCAUCUUUUCCUGAUGAACUUGAAGAAAUGUUGAAUCCAAUGGGAACAGUACAAACAAAUCCAUUCACUGAAAAUGCAACAGAGCUGCAGAUAAGAUUUCAAGAAUAUUCAAAAUUCCCUAUUUAUUACCCUCCCUUUGACAAGAUACUUGAAAAGGCAGCUGAAAUUGCAAGAAACAGUGAAUGCUCUGGUAUGCCGGGCCGUGGUGGCAAAAAAUUCUACAUUGAGCUAAAGGAGAUCAUGGAAAGGGAUCCCUUAUCUCAGCUGUGUGAAAAUGAGAUGGAUCUCAUAUGGACGUUACGGUAUGACUGUCGUGAAAACUUCCCACAAUCCCUGCCAAAAUUGUUGCUCUCGGUGAAAUGGAACAAACUUGAAGAUGUUGCUCAGCUUCAGGCUCUACUUCAGAUAUGGUCCAAACUGCCUCCCAGAGAAGCAUUAGAGUUACUGGAUUUCAAUUAUCCUGAUCAGUAUGUAAGAGAAUAUGCAGUGAGCUGUUUAAGGCAAAUGAGCGACGAAGAGCUUGCUCAGUAUCUUCUGCAGCUUGUGCAAGUACUGAAAUAUGAACCUUUUCUCGACUGUGCCCUUUCCAGGUUCCUGCUAGAGAAAGCACUGGCAAAUAGGAGAAUAGGACAGAUGCUGUUUUGGCAUUUGAGAUCAGAAGUACACAUACCUGCCAUUUCAAUGCAGUUUGGUGUGAUACUUGAAGCUUACUGCCGUGGAAGCAUUGCUCACAUGAAAGUACUUUACAAACAGGUUGAAGCGCUGAAUAAGAUGAAGACUUUGAAUAAUCUAAUAAAACUGAAUGCCGUGAAGCAAAGCAGAGCUAAAGGAAAAGACACAAUGCACACCUGUUUAAAGCAAAGAGCGUACAAAGAAGCCCUUUCCGAUCUCCAGUCCCCUCUGAAUCCUUCUGUUUUACUUUCAGAACUGUAUGUUGAGAAAUGUAAAUAUAUGGACUCCAAAAUGAAGCCUUUAUGGAUAGUAUACAAUAACAAGGUGUUUGGUGGAGAUCUGGUGGGGAUAAUCUUUAAAAAUGGAGAUGAUCUACGGCAAGACAUGUUGACACUCCAGAUGUUACGCCUCAUGGAUUUACUUUGGAAAGAGGCUGGUCUUGAUCUUCGGGUGUUGCCCUACGGUUGCUUAGCAACAGGAGAUCAUUCUGGCUUAAUUGAGGUUGUUUCUACAUCGGAGACCAUUGCCGACAUUCAACUAAAUAGUAGUAAUGUUGCUGCUGCUGCUGCCUUCAACAAAGAUGCGCUCUUAAAUUGGCUCAAAGAAUACAAUUCAGGAGAUGACUUGGAUCGAGCCAUUGAGGAGUUCACUUUAUCUUGUGCUGGCUACUGUGUAGCUACUUACGUCCUGGGCAUAGGAGACAGACAUAGUGACAAUAUCAUGGUUAGGAAGAAUGGUCAGCUCUUUCAUAUAGAUUUUGGCCAUAUUCUUGGAAACUUCAAAUCCAAAUUUGGAAUUAAAAGGGAGCGAGUGCCUUUCAUUCUUACCUAUGAUUUCAUUCAUGUCAUUCAGCAGGGAAAAACUGGAAACACUGAAAAAUUUGGCCGGUUUCGUCAAUAUUGUGAAGAAGCAUACUUGAUCCUGCGAAAACAUGGGAACCUGUUUAUCACUCUCUUUGCACUGAUGCUAACAGCUGGGCUUCCAGAGCUAACCUCUGUUAAAGACAUCCAGUAUCUAAAGGACUCCCUUGCCUUAGGAAAGACUGAUGAAGAUGCACUAAAGCAGUUUAAGCAGAAAUUCGAUGAAGCGCUCAGAGAAAGCUGGACUACUAAAGUUAACUGGAUGGCGCACACUGUUCGGAAGGAUUAUCGAUCCUAGGUGGUUUAGGAAUUUGCACUAAGCUUAACAUAACCCUGACAAUAAAGUGUUAAAAGGGAGACAGCAGACCCUUUCGUAAAACAGAUCCAAGGAAAUUGCCUGAAUGAUUCCUGAUUAUUUUGCACUCGGCUUUGGAAUGCUUCAAGAAGAUUUUGUACAAUUUAGCAGAUGUCCUCAGUAAUCACUUCUGCUGACUUUGCACGCUGAAAGCUACUACUAAGCUUUUAUAUUAUUAUUAUUAUUUUGAUACAUUGAGAAGCUGUAAAUAUUUGGGAUGUUUUUAUGUUGGGCAAUGUGCUCUAAUCAUUAGAGAUUUCUUGAACUGAUUGCUAAACGAUAUCAGAGGUGAUUAGAUGUCUUUUAAUUUUGCUUCAAGUGAACAUUUCUGUAUAUAUACAUAUUUUUUUACUGGCAUAAAAACUUUCAUGCUACUGUAAAUAACAACUGCCAGAUCAUUAUAUAGCAGGAAACUGCUUAUUGUCUUGAACUGCUGCCAGAAGACCGAUUUCUACACUUAAUAAUGGGAAAGAAUAUUUAAAAAGUUGAAUUCCUUUGCUCUGAGCUGGUGUAAACAUGUUUGAAUUUAUGUAAAGAGCAUAUGUUUGUGGCAACUAUGAGCUCUGGGGAAAUUCCACUUCAGAGUUGACUGCUGUUGAACUUUAUUGAACAUUUGCUUUUGAAAUCCUGCAGUAUCUGAGCUUUUACAGAAGCUUCAAUUAAUCAUUGGCCUCCCAAUUUUCCAGUAACAUCCGUACCAAUUGUAUUGUCCACACGCAAUGUGUAAUAUAUAAAUGGAAAAGCUAUACUUAAACAUAAAAUAAAACCUGCUUAUAAGAUAGAUAAAUCCAAAAAUAAGAAAAUUGUAUGUCGGCACCAAGAGAUUUAUGGUUUGGGGGUUUUUCUAAAAAAAAUAAUCUGAAAUGCAGCAUUUUUAAAAGGAACUCGAAGUGGAGUCAAAUUUAUAUUUUACUGUGUUUCUUAAAGCCUGCAGUGAUGCUACUUGUCUUGUCCACGAUGUUUAUGUUCAGCCUAAGAUGAUUGAUGGAGAAACUGGAUUUAUUUUAAUUUAUCAAGUGAGGUACCAUACUUCAAGGUGCUUAAUAGAGGAGCAAUUCAAAUUAAAAGUGCAAUAGUUUUAAAGAUUUUUUGAAACACUGGCGAGAUGAACUUUUAACUACUGCUUGCUCGCCAAAGAACACUUGUAGCUCUUAAUUUUGAUGAUGAUUGAAUAAAAUUAAUUAUAUAUAAAGUUACCUUGGAUCAAAACAAUGAUUUUUAAAAUAGUAAUUGCAUUAAAGACUAUUUUACUUUGCCAAAAGGAGGGAUUGUGUGUGUGUGUUUUCGAAAAAUAAAUACUGUAAACGGUU